AUGGAGUACUGCAUCAAUGCGAUUGGUUUACGCGCCCAAGCAGUUUAUGUGUCAAACGCCUGCAUUAUAUUGAAUGUUAUAGGAAAGGCGAGGCGGCACAACAUGUCUCUUAGAUCGCCCGAGCUGGACCCAGACCGGGCGUUGUUGAAUACCGACCAGUACAGGAUCAUGAUGCAAGUACGCACUCAUUACUGCGCAUUGGAAUGUCGUUGGCCCGCGGUGAGGGCAACCUUUCCCGCCUAA